AUGGUAGAAAACAAAAUAUCCCUUGUGACAGGCGCGAGCGGCUUUAUCGCCAGUCAUGUCGUCCAGCAACUUCUCGAAAAGGGUCACGAGGUCCACGCAACGGUCCGGAGCACCAAAAAUCAAAAGAAAAUCAAGCAUCUCCUCGACAUGCAAGAUCGAUGGCCCGGAAAGCUUACUUUAUUUGAAGCGGAUCUACUUGCGGCCGGAUCGUUCGAAGAUUCAAUGAAGGGUUGUUCGGUUGUGUACCACAUUGCCUCGCCCUUCUUUAUCGAGAACAAAAUUCGCGACGGGCAAAAGGAAGUCGUUGAGCCAGCUCUGAAGGGGACACAGCAUGUUCUGGAUGCCGUUCAGAAAUGCGAAACGGUCAAGCUUGUCGUUUUGACUUCAUCCGUGGCAGCCAUCUUCGGCGAUAAUGCCGACGUGUUGGAAAUGAAGAAUAGAACUCUCUCCGCUGAGUACUUCAAUACCACUAGCUCGGUCACUUAUAACGCCUACCCAUAUUCCAAAGUUGUCGCUGAGAAAGAAGCUUGGAAGUUACAUGAUGCGCAACCAUCGCCCAAACGUUGGAAGUUAGUGACGAUUAACCCUGGGCUUGUCCUGGGCCCGUCUUUAUCCCCGGCGUCGGAAUCCGGCAGUCUAUCGCUACUUGAUCAAUUGCUACGUGGUCAGCUAUUUUUGGGCGUACCCGAUAUGUGGUUCGCAAUCGUUGAUGUGCGAGAUGUCGCAACCGCGCAUCUUCGCGCUGCUCAAAACCCGGACUCCAACGGUCGCUUCAUCCUGGCAAAUAACACGACACAUGGCUUCGUGGAACUUGCUCGCAUCCUCCGAUCAAUUACUCAAAAUUCUCGGAUCCCAAAGAAUAAAAUCCCGAAUGCUGUGGUACGCAUGUCUGGACCGCUUCUUGGACUGAGUCAAAAAUGGCUCAAACUGAACCUCGGCAUCCCAUUUGAUAUCGACAAUCGUCCCAGCUUGGAUCAACUAAGCAUAAUUUACCGGCCCCUGGAAGAGACAUUGGAAGAUCACUAUUCAUCGUGGAAAAAAUCUCAGAGCUAG